AUGACCGAAAUUACCAUCACAGGCUGGACCACGCGCGAUGUGCGCUUUCCCACAUCUCUCGACAAGACCGGCUCUGAUGCCAUGAACGCCGCUGGUGACUACUCGGCCGCCUACUGCAUUCUCGAGACCGACUCCAAAUUCUCUGGCCACGGAAUGACCUUUACUAUCGGCCGAGGCAACGACAUUGUGUGCAAAGCCAUUGACUAUUUGGUUGAGCGUAUCAAGGGCAAGAAGCUGUCCGAGCUGGUAUCCAACUGGGGCCAGACCUGGAGAUACCUUGUGAACGACAGCCAGCUGAGAUGGAUUGGUCCUGAGAAAGGCGUAAUUCACCUCGCCCUUGGCUCCGUAGUGAACGCCAUCUGGGAUCUCUGGGCCAAGGUGCUGGGCAAGCCGGUCUGGCGCAUCGUCGCGGACAUGACCCCGGAGGAGUUCGUCAGCUGCAUUGACUUCCGAUACAUCACCGACGCCAUCACACCCGAGGAGGCUAUCCAGCUCCUCAAGGAACAGGAGCCGACGAAGGCUCAGCGCAUCAAGGACGCCGAGAACAGCCGCGCCGUCCCGGCUUACACCACCAGUGCCGGAUGGCUUGGUUACGGGGAGGACAAGAUGAAGGGCCUGUUGCAGGAGACCCUCGGCAAGGGUUACCGCCACUUCAAGCUCAAGGUGGGCAGCAGUGUCGAGCAAGACAAGAGACGUCUGGGCAUUGCUCGUGAGGUCAUUGGUUACGAUAGCGGCAACAUCCUCAUGGUCGACGCCAACCAGGUCUGGUCUGUGCCUGAGGCCAUUGAGUACAUGAAGCAGCUUAAAGAGUUCAAGCCGUGGUUCAUCGAGGAGCCCACGUCCCCCGACGACAUCCUCGGCCACAAGGCCAUCCGUGAGGCCCUUAAGCCCUACGGCAUCGGUGUUGCCACCGGCGAGAUGUGUCAGAACCGCGUUAUCUUCAAGCAGCUCCUCAUGUCUGGCGCCAUUGACAUCUGCCAGAUUGAUGCCUGCCGCAUGGGUGGCGUCAACGAGGUCCUCGCGGUCUUGUUGAUGGCCAAGAAGUUCAACGUCCCCAUCGUCCCUCACUCCGGCGGUGUCGGCCUCCCAGAGUAUACCCAGCACCUGAGCACCAUCGACUACGUUGUCGUCAGUGGCAAGCUCUCCGUUCUUGAGUAUGUCGACCACCUCCACGAGCACUUUCUCCAUCCUUCCGUCAUCAAGGAUGGAUACUACCAGACCCCCUUGGAGCCUGGCUACAGUGUCGAAAUGAAGGCAGACAGCAUGGACAAAUUCAGCUAUCCUGGUCAAUCUGGUGUCAGCUGGUGGACCAGUGACGAGGCCAAGCCUAUCCUCGAGGGUGAGAAGAUUUGA